UAUAAUAUAUUGCAUUCACAACAUGUGAUGCAAUGUUUGUGUUGUUUUGAUUGCAAUUAUGUUAAGAAAAGUCAGUAAUUCAAUCAAUUGUCGACUUUUGAUAACUAAACGAUACAUCGGUUCACAAGUGGUUAAACCAAACGAACGGUUAGUUAAAAACAAUACACAAAAUGGCCAACAAUUGGCCACAAACUACGGUAACAAUGAAUUGAAUAAAAAUGAAGAACAAAUGGAAAUUCAAGUGAAAGAAAUGUUGGAUCAAGUGAUCAAAAAAGAUAAGGAAAUGGACAGAGAAUGGCAACUAAAUGUAUAUAACGACCACAAGAAGUUACAUAACGUGAUUACCCAUCCGUCCUCAUGGGUUCACCAAAGAUUAGACCUUUUCAUGUUUCUCGUCUCUCAUUUUAAGCCCGACUGGUCUUUGAGUGGUUGGAAGAAAAGACUUAAAAAUUAUAUUCAUUACAGAGAGAAAAAUAUGCAACAAUUUAAUCCUAAACGACACGCGGAUCUCGGUCCAGAGCUUGCAAUCGCAAACUUCGUGAUCGAUAGGGGAGGGAAAGUCAAGUUUACACAUUCGCCUAAUUCUUGGGCAACAAAAUUAUCACAUUUUCCUAGACGUUAUGAUCCACGAUAUAGAUUGUUAUCAGUGGACUCUUCGAAUUUAAAGCUCAGAUAUGAAUCAUUGGACAACUUUGUUGAGAUGUAUUCACUGCAAGAAUUAGAUCUUUCGGACAAUUUAUUGGACGACUGGGCGUGCGAUAAGUUGUCGCGACUUUUUAGGAACAGUACUCUUCAUACACUAAACUUAUCAAACAAUCCGAUGAUCACUCACAGGGGUAUUGAAAAAUUACAUUGGAUUAGGUCUCUGAAUAAGUUAACCAUCACUGGCACGGCUGCCGCUAACUAUCCAUUUCUCGACCUAUUAGUGCUUAGUUUUAAUGAUUUAAUACCCGAUUGUCAGAUCAUUACUUAA